GAGCUCUCUAUCCGACCAGUUCGUAUCUAUCGGCCUUCUCCGACUACGAUGCAAUCUGCCAAAGCUACUUCACAUACCUGGAGACUUGACUGGGAUACAAUGCAAGGAGCUGGACGUUGGGAGAAUCCAUUGAUGGGUUGGGCAUCUUCAGCUGAUUACAUGCAAGGUACUCAAUUGGAUUUCGGAUCAUCGAAUGAAGCGGUUGCUUUUUGCGAGAAGCAAGGUUGGCCGUAUUACGUUCAAGAGCCCAAGACUAUCAAGUUCAAGGUCAAAUCAUAUUCAGACAAUUAUCUAUACUCCCCCGACACAUUACGCCUCCUGAAGACCAAGUGA